UUUGCCAUACACUGACAUGGGGAGCUAACUGCAGCCGAGAAGUUUUCUGCUUGCACUUUAUCAAAGUCAAGCCACACGAAUGCCAUGGGAAAACAAGUGAAAUAGCAAGCCGCGGAUUUAAGUGACACCACAGCGGGGCUGCAGCAGGUGGAAGCAGCCGCCUCCGCCACGGAGAUGACCAACUUGAACUGGAAGCCGUUCAUCUACGGCGGGAUGGCCUCGAUUGUCGCAGAAUUCGGGACGUUUCCCAUUGACCUGACUAAGACCAGGCUGCAGGUUCAGGGUCAGUCUCAGUACACAGAGGUGCGGUACAGAGGGAUGUUUCACGCCCUCUUCAGAAUCGGCAAGGAAGAGGGUAUCCGGGCAUUGUACUCUGGGAUCUCUCCUGCUCUACUAAGACAAGCUUCAUAUGGGACAAUCAAGAUAGGAACCUACAACUCUCUGAAGAGGCUGUUUGUCAGUCGUCCAGAAGAUGAGACAAUGGUCAUCAAUGUUUUCUGCGGUGUUGUGUCUGGAGUUCUGUCCUCCUCUCUGGCUAACCCAACCGAUGUCCUCAAGAUCAGGAUGCAGGCGCAGGGUAGUCUACUCCAAGGAAGCAUGAUGUCUAACUUCAUCAACAUCUACCAGACAGAAGGAACCAGGGGACUGUGGAGAGGUGUCAUACCCACAGCACAGCGAGCUGCCAUCGUUGUUGGAGUGGAACUUCCUGUUUAUGACAUCACUAAGAAGCACCUUCUUCGCUCUGGCCUCAUGGGAGACACCAUUUUGACACAUUUUAUUUCCAGUUUCACGUGUGGAUUAGCGGGUGCGCUUGCAUCCAACCCCGUAGAUGUAGUCCGGACCAGAAUGAUGAACCAGCGAGUUUUAUCAGGAAGCCCCAUGUACAAGGGAACACUGGAUGGAGUGAUGCAGACUUGGAGGAAUGAGGGUUUCUUUGCUCUCUAUAAGGGAUUCUGGCCUAACUGGCUCAGACUGGGACCCUGGAACAUCAUUUUCUUUAUCACCUUCGAGCAGUUGAAGAAGCUCCCAUUUUAAAGCGAGCAGACUGUUUGGACUUCACUGGUCUGUCAAACUGUGUUGGGCGGAGCAUAAAGCGAAGCGAGGUGUGAACACGGCAGCACCUGGAGUUUUGGCACCAGUAUAAUCUCAUUCACACCCUUCAGAUCCAUACCAAUGAUACACUAGAGUAUCUGCCAUCUGCUUAUGCUCAUCCAAAUCUUGUGCUGAUUUAUUUGCAGUGUUUUUAUUUGUUGUCACUGGUUCUUUUUUAAGGUUGAUUUUAAAGACUGUUGCUUUGAUGAUCACUAUAUAAUUCUCCUUUUAACGCUCCCUAGGCAGCUAAGUGUUUGGUUGUAGCAAAGAUUGAAACUUUAAGGUUUCCUUAUACUUGAUCCAAAUGGAAAUGGAUCAGGUGAGUUAAAUCUUUGGCCUCUUUAAAUGCCAAUAGCGACUUUCUGAUUGUUUGCUCAGGAUUCCUACACAGAUCUGCAGAGAAACAAUGGAAAUGAAUUUAUUUUCUAGUAGAUGAUGAAUGUCACUUGAGGCAUGCAUGGCUUGUUUGUACAGUUUUUAAAAAAAGGAACUGAAAAGGAAUUUUUAAAUGGAUUAUGUGUAGGAACCCUGAAUUUUUUAUUUAUUUUUUUGGCACUGCAUGAAAUGUGUUGAAUGUUGAGGAAUUGCAUGAAAGACAACAAAGUGUUACAGGUCAAUGAUUACAGAAGACUGAAUUCACUCAAAGAGGAGGAGGAAAUAAUAUCCUACACUCCAAGGUCAAUCACUGUAAAGACAGGAAGAAGAUCCCUGAAGCUGGUGACACACUGGACGGUUUUGGGCCCAGUUUGCGUGGCUUGAUUCAAUGCUUGUCACAACUGAUUAUUUGUGCAAAUAAUAAGUCCAGAUCUUAAUAUUUAAGUACAAAAAAGUGUGAUGUGUACGAUUCCAGGUCAGACAGAAUAGCAGAUUUUGGGUGUCUUGAAAAAAAGAAAGUCAGGAGUCUAGUAUGCAUCUUGCAAGCUGUGCAAUAAACAAGGUAAAACACUACAGCAACGCCAGUUGCCGUCAACACACGACACCUGUGCCUUUUAGCUUUCCAGGAAAAGUUGAUUUGGAUUGGACCAAACUGUUAGGUGUUUUAAUUUACCUUUGUACAGGUAAGGCCAAGGGCAAGAUAUGACCCUACAUAUUUUCUUAGCUUUCCUUAAGUGGUCGCAACAACCAUUGUUUAUUCAUUGUUCAUCCUACAUUCAUGUGGGAGUCCCCUAACAAAAUUUUCCAUGUUUUACCUGCAGGAUGUGCUCGACUAGUCGACUAAACGAUAAAAGUCAGAUUCAUUAGUAGUCGAUACCAGAACUCUGAGUCGGUUUGACUAAUUUUAAUGCUGUCCAUCAGCUCAAGGUGAAAAUCGUGGUCAAACACUCUUGUCUAAACUGCUACACUGUCAGCCGCUGGCAGUAACUAGCUCCAGUCAGUGCUACGGCCAUGCUGCCACAGUGCUGUUUAAUCUGACGUAAACAACUAUGAAUUGAUAGCAUCUCUUAGGAACAGUGUGGAUCAACACAGUUCUGAUUCCCAUCAAUUGGGGAUAAAGUUGUAGUUAUAUGAGUAUAACCCUCAACAGCUGACACAGAAUUUUAUUUCUAUUUUCUAUUUCAAAUACAACCAUACCGUGCUGUUCCUACUAGAUGCUAACUGCUCAUUUUUUCAAUUUUAUGUCUGGCACAGAGCCGGUGGAAAGGUCUGGCAGGAAGGCAGUGGGCAUCAGUUGAAGUAACAACGGCUACUAGUGGCAGGAGGCUUCAUUAUAGUUUUAAAAGACCCUUAUACCAAGAUUUCAGGCCUGUAUUUAUAAAAAUGUAAAAUCAUUACGUUAAACCGGCUCACAGAACUUGCCUCAGGUCCUUCAUCACUGGUCUACUGUGUGCAUUCAGAGGAUUAUAAUGCUAAAAAACUGUCUUUAUGUGAUCUCCAACAGUUUUAGAAUUAUCUAAGGGUUGAAAACUGUCCAGUGUGCAGCCAGCCUUAGUGAUCAUCAGGGUUUUUGGUGCAUUCUGGUGUCAAUAAGGGGUCAAACACCCUCACUAUACUGCUGAUGGACCUUAAAUGGGUCAUUUGUUGGUAAAUCUCUCAAAAAUUCCAUCUGAUUUUAACACUGAGGGAAACAGUGUUUAUUGCUCUUCUAUUUAAGAUAUUCUCCUGCUAUUUGUUUGAACACGAACUGUUUUUUUUCCUGAUUUUAACCAGCUACUGAAGUUUUACUUGAAACAAUCAGAAAUCUGAACCAAAUGAGACAUUCACGACCAAAACAAGGUAUCUCACUUUUUUUAGGUUAUCAUUAGGGAAAUAUUUAUUCCAGGUCAGUCACUCCUAACCAGUGUGAGUUUGUUUGUUUUUGCGUUAGAGCCAUUAUUUAUUUUUGCACCUCUGGUUUGAAAGAACUGAUUUUGUUUGUAAGCAAAGUAAUCUGCCAUACCGUCAUAAUUAAUCCAAAUAAAACAAUCCGGUACAUCAUGAAAAGCCCAGUUUCACACUCAGAUGUGGAUGUAUUUUUUCACAUACUUGUCAAAGGACACAUAAACGGCUGUAGGAAUAAUUAAAGUCUUGUUUCAUUAUUUUAAGGUGAAACAAUGGUUUGAACUGUAAAGCUGGUGUGUAUGGGGCUAUUGUGCCAAAUUGUGUUUCUAUCAAACUAGGUUUGUGCUAAAAAUCUAGUGUACAGUUGAAAAUCUUUGCUGAAGAGUAUCUGAAAUGAACAGCCUUUGUAGGACCGGGGGAUUUGGGAAAAAUGUAAUCAUUCUGAUAAUUUAUUGAUUCACAUUUCCAUAAAUAGGGAUAAAACUCCAUCUAUAUCCUAUAAAAUGUUAACAACAAAUGAAUAUUUUACACAAAAUGUGGUAAGAAAGAUUUUUUGAUCCAGACAUAGGUUUCUAAAUUUAAGUAAUUCACCCCAAAAAUAAUUCAAAGACCAAAUGUUUAUUUUGCUGACAUUCUUUACGGGAAGCCAUAAAAACAUCUUUACCGUAAUUCAUCUAAUACACAAUAUGAAUAAUGUGCAAUAAGGCUAUGAGUGAAGUUUUAACCUCACUCUCUUUAAUCCGCACAGCCAAACUUUUCUUUGGAAUGUUGACUAUUAUACUGCUUUAUUUUAAAGAGGCUUUUUUUGUAAGUUUUUCAGCUUUUUAUUUUUAUUUAAGGUGGAUUUUCUAACGUUUUCCUUCCCAGCAGCAGUUUUCCGUUGCUGUAUAGUAUCUUGUAUUUGAAGGUCUUGCCAUGUCUUCUUUCUUUUUACAGGAUUUAAAUGACUGACGCACAUUACAAUAGAUUUAUAUUUAUAAAUUAUCCUUCAGCAGCACUGGCACUUGUACUUCUACAGUGUUUUUGUUCCUUUUUCUGUACUGUAUUCUGUGUGUCAUAUUUAAGACUAUAAAUCAGCUUUGGCUCUAUGUGGGUCAGAUUUCAUUCUUCA